AUGGCUGUGGUCGCCCCCGUGAAUGAGACUGUGAACCUAUCGAGCUGGCUUCGUGCCCUGCACAGUAACUCUUCCCUGGAGCUGCAGUCAGAAGCGCCGCGGCUGGCGGUCGAUCCCUGGGACGUGAUGUUGUGUAUAUCGGGGACUGCCAUCGCCUGUGAGAAUGCUCUGGUCGUGGCCAUUCUGUUCUACACUCCGGCUUUACGAACGCCUAUGUUUUUGUUGAUCGGCAGCCUAGCGACAGCAGACUUCCUGGCCGGACUUGGGCUAAUCCUGAAUUUCUUUUUCCAUUACCUGAUCCACUCGGAAACAAUUAACCUCAUCACCGUGGGUUUUUUAGUUGGCUCCUUCUCCGCUUCGGUGAACAGUCUGUUAGCCAUAACGAUCGACCGGUACCUUUCGUUGUAUAACGCAUUGACUUACUAUUCGGAAAGGACGGUAGCCUACACCCACAGCAUGCUGGCCGUGGCCUGGGGCGUUUCAUUUUGCCUCGGGCUGCUUCCUGUGCUGGGCUGGAACUGCCUGAAGGAUGCAUCUACCUGCAGCAUCGUGAAGCCCCUGACUAGGAGCAACUUGACCCUGCUGUCAGUUUCCUUCUUUCUAAUCUUUCUCGUCAUGUUACACCUUUACAUUAAAAUAUGCAAAAUUGUGUGCCGCCAUGCCCAGCAGAUAGCCCUGCAGCAACACUUUUUCGCGACCUCUUACUAUGUGACCACAAAGAAAAGUGUCUCCACUCUCGCCAUCAUCGUAGGCACCUUCGGGACAAGUUGGCUGCCUUUUGCCAUCUACUGCUUGGUCGGGGACCAUGCCUACCCGACUGUGUACACCUAUGCCACUCUCCUCCCUGCUACUUACAACUCCAUGAUAAACCCCAUCAUUUAUGCUUUCAAGAAUCAGGAGAUCCAGAAAGCUACCUGGGUUUUAUUUUGUGGGUGUUUCCAGUCCAAUUCCUCCUUGCAUUCAAGGUCACCGAGUGAUGUGUAG